AUGCACAGUAUAUAUUUUAUAUUCGAUGGUGAAAUCCUUGACGAUAAUGGCAGUACAAUUGCAAGUUAUGGUGUAGAAAAUAAAUCAAUACUACAAUUACUUAAUUUAGAUGCUACUGAGCGAGUUGACUUUUCUUCUAUAGGCGCGAAAUUUGUUGAUAUUAGUAAUAAUGAAAGUUUAAAAAAAAAAGAUUGGUCGGAAACAGCUCCACCUUGGCGAAAAGCUAGACGUGGUCUAUGUCUCGAAGGUUUAUGCAGAAAUAAUCAAUGUAAAGCUUACAAACAAUACGUUGUUAUGCCAAUUGGUUAUAGGAAAUUUGAUAUAAUUAUUGAUUCAAGUGAAACUACAACUAAAUGCCCUUUAUGUAAGCAAUAUGUUGAACCAAUAACAUGCGGUUUUAAUAAUUGUUGGUGGAGAUAUGAAGGAGUCAGACAAGAUGAGGAAGGCAAACCACCAACAAGAUUUUCAAGUAAUUGGCAGCAAGCUGAUGAUGCAUAUCAUUAUUUUGAUGGACAUACAAGUAGAAUAGUCUUAUGGAAACAACUGAUUGUUGAAGCUGUUAAAAAAAGACCUUUAGAAUAA